GAUUUUUUCUUUACACAUUUUAUCUGGUUUAGAACCGUAUCUGCUUUUACACCCCUAUUCUGACAGUUACUUGGUUAACACCGGCACAGAGGAAUAUAUAAAUAAACUUGUGAUCUCUCACAAGAGCGCAGACCUGUUCCAGUCUAUUUUCAAAUGUCAGUGAGUUUCACUUCUCAGCAAUACAGGAAGGAAAGCUACAGCUUUACAGCAGAGCAACAGUUCAGGGCAUCUGUUCAGAUGUACUACAAACAUCAGUAGCCAAAUUACAAACUUCCAAGACUACAAACGUACUUCAACCAGCUGUAAUUCAGCCUACAGGUAUUUGGUACUGUAACACCACAUGGAACCCAGGAGAAUGCUCCUAUCUGUGACCGUGGUGCUCAUGCUCAUUUCUUCAGCUUGUGGAGAAAACCCUGGGCUACAACUCGUUCUGAACAAUAAAGGACUUCAGUACGGAAAACAUGUAGGGGCAGGGUGGAUUCAGGACAAGCUGGAGCUCAUAACUCUUCCUGAUAUCAAUGGUGAAGUUGACCUUCGCACCUUGGGCACUGUAUACUACACACUAUCUGGCAUCAACAUAGUACAGUGCGACUUUCCAGAGCCGUCUGUGGAGUUCUAUAAAGACGCCACAGGAUUCAAGUCAUCCAUCUUGGGCCUCAGUGUUGCAAUAGAAGGCGAGUGGAGGACACAUUAUGGCAUAAUAAAAGACCAUGGAUCAUUCAACAUGGCCUUAUUAAGCGUUGAUGUGACCUCUAUCGUGAACCUGGGGAAAGAUCCUGAGGGGCGUCUAUCAGUUACUAGUGCCAGCUGUGAUGCUCAAGUUGGGGAUGUGAACAUUCACUUCCAUGGUGGAGCCAGCUGGAUCAUCCAGCGUUUUGUGAACUAUUUUAAGGGGCAUAUCAAAGGUGAAAUAGAGGGCAAAAUCUGUCCUGACGUUGAGCAAUCAAUUGUUAUGUUGGAGGACUCCCUGCAGGCCAUGAACGUUUCCUUCGAUGUGAAUCAAGACCUCAACAUUGACCUGCCUCUCAGUGGCUUACCCAUCAUUGAUGCUUCAAGCCUGAAUCUGGGUCUUAAGGGAGAGUUCUUAAGUAUCAAAACUCCGAAAGUCCCUCCCUUUGAUGCCCAACCUUUCACCAUACCUGAGCAGCCAAGCUACAUGUUGUCAAUGGGCCUGUCUGAAUACACUCUGAAUUCAGCCUCAUAUGGAUACUACUCAGCUGGAUUGCUCAAGGCCCUCAUCAAUGACAGCAUGAUACCCCCACGCUCUCCUGUGCACCUAAACACCAGCUCAAUGGGGCCUUUUAUUCCUCAGCUUCCUAAGCUUUUUCCAGACCUGCUGAUGAAUCUGCAGGUUUCUGCCACAGAUUUUCCUCUGUUUUCCUUCCUGCCUGGUGUUGUUGAUCUGGGCAUCCAGGGGGGUGUAAUGGCGUUUGCCAUCCAGAAAAAUGGCACUGAAACCGCACUGUUCGAACUCAAAGUUGACACAAAGUUCAGCAGUCAAGUGUGGAUCGCUGGGGGCAAAUUGAAGGGCUCCCUGAAAAUGAACAAUUUCACACUCACGCUGGCGUCAAGUAAAGUGGGACCCUUUGAGACUGACAAAUUGGAGGGGCUUGGGAGAAUGGCAAUACAAUUAGUUGUGACAAAUCUGAAUGAGAAACUGGGUGAAGGUGUUGUUUUACCUAGAAUGAGACAAGCACAGCUGGUCAACACAGUCCUGGAGGUGGAAAAGGGCUUCAUAGCAGUCUUCUCAGAUGCUCAGGUGCUGAUGGCAGAUGAAGACUUCAACUGACAAACUGACCCGUCAAAUGAAGGUGCAUCAAGCAAGGACGCUCUACAUCUCAGACUUAAAUUGUUGAUCAAUAAACAUGCUGGAUUUGUGUCUAACACACACAAAGAGCACUUCUGUUUAAAAGUUAAAGCUAAAUGCACCUACCUGACUCCUGAAUAGUUAUUCAUUUACUCAUAAUUAUAUAUCCUUAAUGUCAAAUCAACAAUAAUCAAACCUUCAGUUCAACUUAACUAAUACUGGUGAAGUUGUGUUCUCUCUGUCUGAUCUUCUAUUCACAAAAUAUACUAAAUUAAAUAUUUUUUUAAGCAUUCAGAUGUGUACAGGCUCAUUUGAAUAUAAACCAAGCUGAACAUAGGGUUGCACAUUUUGUCAUUACAGCUUUUCUUCUGUCUUCUACACUUUUCUCCAUCAGUGUGGUAAAUUUGAAAUAGAAGUAUAUAUUUAUGUAUGUAUAUAAAAGGAAACCACAAAUUUGUAUUCUAUUUAUGGUUUGCACCAUCAUUUUGUGCACCACUAUGCAAUUAUCUAUAUUUCCACAAGGGGGCACUUGAUUUAAAUAAUACAAAAUCCUUGGAAAUAAAACAGACAAGGGGACUGA